UCUCAGCUCGCUCUCAAAACCAGCUUCUCAUCAUCAAACCACCACACUCUAACUCUGUACUUUCCACAACAAACCUAGACCACCCCAACAAAUCAAAACCACCCCCACCAUCAACAUGUCCAGCCCAAAAUUGGAAGAUUACACCUCUGGCAUUCAGUCCGACAUUGGCAAUGUCAAGAGCGGUGGCAACUUCGCAAACGCUCAGAGCUCGGCUGCAAAGGGUGGCCCCGGCCCCUCCGGCUCAGGCUUCGGGUCUGGGGGAGUGACGAAAGGCUCCGAGGCUGCUGGCCUCCAAAGCGACAUCGGCAACGUUUCUGGCAAGGGCAGAGCUUUGCCCAGGCCCAGAGCCACGGGGCCAAGGGGGGUAAAUAGGCAAACGCUUAGUCCCAGCUGUAAUAUCCAGUACGAGUAGUGAAAGUAUCCUGGGCAGAGAUGAUUAUAG